AUCACCUUCUGACUUGGAAAAGAUGGUCAACGUCUUGAAAGGAGUGCUGAUAGAAUGAUGGGAGCCCCCACAUGUGGGGCGACGACCGAGUGGAAGCCAAUGGCGCAGGGGAUGGAAAUUCACCCAAGACAGAACAAAGGAGAUAGAAGUUUAUGGAAUACACUGCACGGGAGCAGCAAGCAGAGAGAGUGAAGGCUGUUUUUAAAGGAGGAAGAUGAGGUGUGGGGAUGGGAACCGAACGAAUUCUCUCUCCCCUUUUUGUGACCCAGCCAUGAAGCAGUUCUUGCUGUACUUGGAUGAAUCAAAUGCCCUAGGAAAGAAGUUCAUCAUUCAAGACAUUGAUGACACUCAUGUCUUCGUUAUAGCAGAGUUGGUUAAUGUCCUCCAGGAGCGAGUGGGUGAAUUAAUGGACCAAAAUGCCUUUUCUCUUACUCAGAAGUGAAAAUACUCAAUAUUGACCACUUAGGAAUCAUAAGUAACAAAUGUGAGAGACUGUCACCAUUCAGUGUCCUAUGUGACAGAUUAAACUUAGUUGCUUAGAUGCAUGUUACAGGAAAACCUAUGAUGUCAUUCGUUCAGAAAAAAGCCCCUGAACAGAUUUUCCUCUUCUGUUUUUUUUAGUACGUGUACCCUAGAAUGUAAAAAAAGAAAGAAAGAAAAGUUUUAAUGCUUGUCUGUGAUUUGCCUUUUAUUAUCCUACAUUAAAAUAUUAAUGUAAGUGGUUUUCCUACCUUUUUAAUACAUUAAGAAUAUGAUGGAAUAUGCUUUUAAAUCA